CGCUUUCCUCCUCCUGCCGCUGGCUGCUGCUGCUGCAGCCCCGUGCAGACAGAAGAAAGACCCGCAGCUCGUUUUUACAGUUUGCACUUCUCCAAAUGUCGACGGACACCGGACCGGCGGCCUCGGACCGGACGGACGGACGCAUGCACAGCGGGACGGCGGCGCACCGGGAACAUGGCGGCGGGAGCGACGACGAGCUGCUCGGUGUCGUAGCGACCGCGAACCACAGGAACGACGCAGCUGACGAGGCGAUGAGGGAGAACCUGAAGGCAGCAUCCGGUUUCUAAGCAACAACAACAAAAACAUCAACAGCAGCGCACAAGACCAUACACACACCAUGGGCUACAAGAUCCCCGGGGCGGCGAUGGACCGCGUCAGCCUGCUGUGGCGCCUGAGGCGUCGGGCUCGCCGCGGAGCGCUCUGCAUGGCCUUCUUCUGCGUCUCCAUGGCUCUGCUCUACGCCAUCUGCGCCGAGAACAGCGUGCCCGUCACCGACGCCAUCUUUGGGGUGCGGGCGCGAACCCGGGCGCAGCCUCGCACGCACUCUGUCGUCAAGGUGCUGCGAGGCGGAGCCAAGCCCGUGGUCGACCCUCAGAAGCUCCCGGGCGUCGUCCCGGGUGACCCUCGUCGUCCAAUCCCUGUCCUCUCCUCUCCCAACCACACCCACGCGGCCGGGGCCGCGGCGUCGAAGCGGAAGUCGCGGGAGCCCUCUGGCUUUUUCGCCCACCUGCUGCCGCGCCCCUUCACGCGCGCCCUGGAAACCCUGUUCGGAGGCCGGCGCAGGGGGGAGCUGAGCGGCAGAGGUGGGGAGGCGGAGUUCUUCGGGCCCCACGGGCUCCUGGGCGAAGUGUGGGACGACGAGAUGUCCAGCAGCAUGCUGGGAAGCCGACUGAGGAAGGUGGUGCAGAACUAUCAGGCGAUGAACAAGUAUGGCGUGGAGGUUUCGGGCCCCGGCGGCGUCUCCAGCAGACCGAAGCUGCGAGGCCCCGAGCUCCUCUGCCAGCUGAAGAACAAGGCAGAGGUGGCGACCCUGACCUCUGACCUGCUGCCCUUCUCCUCGCUGCCCUGGGCCGCCCAGCUGCCGUCGAAGCCCCUGACCUCGGACCUCGGGCCAUACAGGAGCUGCGCCGUGGUUUCGUCGGCGGGGUCACUCCGCUACUCCGGACUCGGCAAAGAGAUCGACUCCCAUGAUGCCGUGUUGCGCUUCAACGCCGCACCAACCAGCGGCUUCGAGAAAGACGUCGGCUCCAAAACCACCAUCCGCCUCAUUAACUCACAGGUGAUGGCGUCUGACGACCAUCGCUUCCUGUCCAGCUCUCUGUACAGCUCAGGAGCUCUGGUGGCCUGGGACCCCGCCCCCUUCUCCGCUGACCUCACUCAGUGGUACAACAGGACAGACUACCCCAUCUUCGUCCAGUACCAGAGGUACCGGCGUCUCCAUCCUCUGCAGCCGUUCUACAUCCUGCAUCCUCUGUUCGAGUGGCAACUGUGGCAGAGGAUCCAGGACAACAUGGCCGAGCCCAUCCAGAAGAACCCGCCCUCGUCCGGCUUCCUCGGCACCGUCCUGAUGAUGUCGCUGUGCGAGGUGGUGCACGUCUACGAGUUCCUGCCGUCGCGCCGGAAGACGGAGCUCUGCCACUACUACCAGCGCUUCUACGACGCCGCCUGCACGCUCGGCGCCUACCACCCGCUGCUGUACGAGAAGAACCUGGUGAAGCGCAUGAACCAGGGCUCCGACCGCGACAUCUACACGCAUGGACGUGUCACGCUGCCGGGCUUCGGCAGGAUGAACUGCAGCCGGGCCGCGGACCACUGAGACUGAGAACACACACACACACACACACGCACACACACACGCACACACACACUGUGAAGCAGAACCCUGCAUGAAGAACGAGGACAGACGCAUGAAAACCUCAAACUCGCUGCAGAACAAAAUAAACGUUGUCACUAUAAAUAUCACACACACACAUAAACACACACACACACACACACACACACACACACACACACACAUUCCCACAACGCUGUUAACCCAUGAACCUAAACUCCACCCACUAAAGGACCAUACCGCUGUUUUUGAAGGUUUUAGUCAACGAACCACAAACUGCAGCGUUUGGAGCUUUUUGUCUCCCCCCUCUGGCAGAGCGAGGAAUAACAACACAAGCAGCAGCUUCCCGACAAGGAGGAGGAAGAAGAAGAAGAAGAAGAAGCCACAUCGCUCCGUCGUUUCAGUUUCUUCAGCUCUGACAAACCGGUCAUGAUGUAAAGAGCAUCGCUGCCGUUACGUCACGAUCGACAUUUGUUUAUCUGUUAGAAAUAAAUGUCCGGCACACGUUUCAAUUCUAAAACCAAUUUAUGGUUUAUUGACUGAAACAUGCUAAAGGAAUAGUAUGGUCCUUAAUCCUGAUUCUAAUCUCAACUGAAGUCUGGAUCUGAAUCCUGAAGAAGUGAGAUUUGCACAAAGGAAACUUAAUUCAUCAAAAACAUCUCCGCACUCUUGACCUGUACAGAGAAAUGUGAAAUGUGUGUAUAUACGCUGUAACAUGUGUAUCCGACCUCCCUUCCAAGGUUUCCUCUGGAUGUUCAGUUUGAGAAGCUGUGGAGAGAUUUUGUUCCGCUCUUCGUUCGACGGUAUAGAAUCCGACAGAGACGCUGCUGGUGUCGUUUGUUUUUAUUGGCUUCUCUCUAACGUCCGAUCGCACUGAGGACCAAUCAGGUUUGUGUUUUAGUUUGUAAAACGAUGACGACGCCCACGUUCCCUGCUCUGAUUGGUUGUCAUCGGUCACAACUCGACGACCAGCCUGUCUGUAACACACCAGCGCUGUUCCUCCUUCAGAGGGUUUCCCAUGUUACUAAGCAACCGACUGCAGAAGGAGACAAGCUACUUCCUGUUUACGCCACGUGACCGGUGUCCGUCAACGGUCAUGUGAUGUGAUGUUUCCAGGUUUUGUCGCGCUGCGUUCCUUCACACCUCCCAACUCUCCGGAAGUCGGCUUUGGGGAUUUUCCCCCCGAUCCACUCGGAGGUCAUGAUUCCGAGUUCCGAGGUGUGAAGGAAUUUGGAGCUGAAACACUCGUCUGGGCGCAGAAGUCUAUUUCGAUGCGACGAGCUGGAGUCGGACCAAUCAGAGCAAAGUCUCCAACAACUUGACUUUAGUUUUUCUAAAGAUUUCAGGGUUGUUUCUUUUCUUUAAACCCGAAUUGUUUAUUCAGGAGAACGUUUUCUCCCUGUGCAGUUUCACGUCUCUUCCUUUUCAUCUCAGCUCGUGACGUUCGAUUCCUUUUGUCCUCGGCUGUUAACCGUGGUUCCACGUGGUUCGUGUUUAUUCCCUCUCCCAGUGGCGCUGAGCACGUUCACUGGAAACCUAUUGAUUUUCUUUGUGUUGCUGUUGUUGUUUUUGUUCAGGACGUGAACUCAGCACCUCCUCCUCCUGCGUUAAUGCCUGUGUUCAGUUGUCCUUGAAUUGAAUCUUAAACUGAAGUGUAAGUGCCAAAUGUUCAUGCUGCCAGUUCCCGAGUAUUAUAUUGAAUGUUAUUAGGUCACUUAAGUGUAAAACCUGUGUUUGUUUCAUACGACCUCGGGGCCAGGAUCCCCCGAAGCGAGGGGUGGGGUUAGACAUGUCCCCCUCGACUUUUUUAAAAUCAUCACUUUUAGAUUUCUACAUUUUAAUUUACUACCUAAAAGGUCAAGGUACGUCAUCACAAGCUGCAGCGAGGGUUUUGCUGUUUGUUUGUUGUUAUUCAUUUAUUUUUAUUCAUUUCUUUUGCCCCAGAUGUUGCCUCUCAGGCAACAAGCUGCCCUUUCUUCUCAUUGGACGAAGCCUGCAGACAAACAUCGGGGGUGAAGAUUGUCUUACAAGGCUCCUAAGCAGUAUGGAAAAGUCUGGAAUUCUAUUUUUGUUUCCAGACAUGAAAGAUUUUUAGAAUAUUACAAUUCGUCUCAAUCAAUCUCUCGUCUAUUGAAACAUUUUCCCACGGUCAGUGAUAAACGUUGCCAUAGCAACACACUGUCUGUACCUGCCACCGUCACGACUGUAUCUACAGAGUCGUGGUUCACAUGACGACAGGCGGAAGAAAAAGUUCCUCUCAACCGGACAUUAUUUAGAUGAUCCUGGUGACUUUGUACUGUUGAUGAUAAAAUACACAUUUACCCAAAAUUACAGAUUUUAAAUAUCAAUACUUUCAUAUGAGAUUCAGUCCUGGAACACGUAAUGUCAGAAUUGGAAGUAUCAAUAUUUCAAUAUCAAUCCACACAUGCAACAUCACAAUCAGCUUUCUGGAGAAACUGUGACUUACGCAGUCAGAAUGUUAAUAUGUAAACUAUUUUAAAAUGAUUUAUUUACAUAAUAAUAUUUACUUAACAAACAUCUAGCUAUUUGUACUUGGAUGUCAAAUACGGUCUGAAAAAUCUACAGAGAAGAAGUAAGGUUGAGUCUGGAAAAAGUCUGGAAAUGGAAAAUGUGUAGGAAGGAACCCUGGUUACACUCUCGGCAUUUCUCGGUUAAAAAGAAAAAAACAAGAUAACAAUUUUCCAUCAGUGGAAGAUCAAUCAGAGAUAACGCAGUAAAAGACAGAGAUCUUUGUAUCAUAAUAAAAAUAACAUAGGAACAUUUAUCCAAAGUCAUCAGGUCUCUCAAGGAAAUGAUGGGCGACAAAAUGAUGUUAUGUAUAACACAAUUAAUGUGGCUGUAAUUGGUAUUUGGCAGUACAAUUACUUUUAUAUCAAUGUACUAAUUUUAUUUGGUUUUCUUGUGUUUUUAUGUGGAUGUGAUCUGACGGAUCACAUCCACAUCGUAGUGUCAGAGGAAGAAUCUUUAUUUCACCAGAUCAACAUCAUCGAGUUUCACCGUCACAGGACUCUGUGUGUGUUUAAUCCUGCAUGUAUCAAAGUUCCAAAAAAGGGUUAGGUCACAUCAGACACCUGCUUCUGAUGGACACGUUAUUGUUAUAAUAAUAAUAAUAAUUAUUAUUAUUAUUAUUAUUAUUAUGAGUAUUGUUGUUUCAGUCAUUCAUUUGUUUUGAAGCAAGACGAAGAGAAACAAGCGUCUGGAAGGAAACAUACAUGACAUUUAAAACUGUCGAUCUAUAAAGAGCAGACAACGACAAAAAGGCUCCAGAAAAAUCAUUAUCCCCAAAAAAUUUGCUGAUGCAACGGAAAAGAAGACAAAGUAAAAUUCCCUUUUGAUCUAUGCAUGUUGUAAUCAAAUGAAAAACAUUUUUAACAACAA